AUGGAGGCAAAAAACCACACGGAGUUCUCACAAUUCUUCCUCUUGGGUCUCUCAAAAGAUCCAGAACUGCAGCCCCUUCUCUUCGGGCUGUUCCUGUCCAUGUACCUGGUCACGGUGCUCGGGAACCUGCUCAUCGUCCUGGUGGUCAUCUCCGACGCCCACCUGCACACCCCCAUGUACUUCUUCCUCUCCAACCUGUCCUUGGUUGACAUCUGCUUCACCUCCACCACCGUCCCCAAGAUGGUUGUGGACAUCCUAACUCACAGCAGAGCCAUCUCCUAUGGGGGCUGCCUGGUGCAGAUGACUCUCGCUCUGCUUUUUGUGUGUGUGGACGACAUGCUCCUGACCGUGAUGGCCUACGACCGGUUCGUGGCCAUCUGCCACCCCCUGCGCUACACGGUCAUCAUGAAGCCCCGCCACUGUGCCCUGCUGGUCCUGAUGUCUUGGUGCGGCAUCUCCCUGACUACCCUAGUUCACCUUCUCCUGGCAAUGCGACUGACCUUCUCUGUAGGCACUGAAAUCCCCCAUUUCUUCUGUGACCUGCCUCAGCUCCUCAAGGUGGCCUCCUCUGACACCUCCAUCAAUGACAUCUACUUGUACGUGUCCACUGUGCUGCUGGGUGUGCUUCCCGUCACAGGGAUCCUCUACUCCUACUCUAAGAUCGUCUCCUCCUUAAUGAGGAUGUCCUCCACUGCAGGCAGGUACAAAGCCUUCUCCACCUGUGGGUCUCACCUCUGUGUGGUCUGCCUGUUCUACGGAACAGGAGUUGGGGUCUACUUCAGUUCUGCUGUGACCCCUUCUUCCCAGAGCAGCACCAUCGCCUCGGUGAUAUACACGGUGGUCACCCCCUUGCUGAACCCCUUCGUCUACAGCCUGAGGAACAAGGACGUUAAAGGGGCCCUGGGAAGACUGCUCAGUAGAGCAGCCUCUUGA